UUUCUCCUAAGCCGGCAGUGUGAGACUGAUAUUCUGCUCGCUUUCUCUUACGGCACGUUUUUGACAUCGGCUUUUUACUUUAAGGCUAAACUUGACCACUUCUGAGGAUUAUAAAGGACUGGCAAAGAACUGAGGAAAGGAGAAAUUAUUGUGCUUUAUUUUCUUGGCUGGAAUUUUUUUUGCUUCUUGGGACUUAACAUUAAUGCUUCUUUUAACAGUGUGAGCUGGGCAUUACUUGGGAGCAUCCUAAGCAGGCAUUCAGAAAGGGGGGAAAAAUCUGUACAGACCAAGAAUAAACUUGGUAGAGAAGAUGAGGAAUCUACUGUGGAGCUAACAAUGUUUUCAUCGGAUGAGAACUCAAAGAAUCUGUGAGAAGGUAAAGUAACAUCCACCCCGGCUAUCCCAACCAUCCUGACAACAAUGUCAGUCACUCAUAUUAAUGUUUCAUUAAAUGGGACAAGCUCCCCAAACCAGGGAAUGAUGGAUAUACCCAAAGACCAACAAUCUUUGAAUCUUUUUAUUUUUCUCUUGACUUUUGUCAUCACAUUCCUAACCCUGCUGGGUAGCGUCUAUUCAUUAGUUUCCCUGCUGAGACUGCAGAACAAAAGUACAGUUUCAAUGCUUGCAACUUCUCUAAGUGUGGAUGAUCUGAUUAGUGUGGUACCAGCAACGAUUUUUAUGCUCAAACCUUGGUUGAGUGAGAUGCUUCCCCAGACUUUGUGUACCACUUCAGCGCUACUGUACUUAUUUCAGGGUUUCUCCAGCAACUUGAUGGGGUCCCUUGUAGUUUUCUAUAACUUCUACAGCCUCAAUAAAACGGGAGACAGCCAAGGGGCCACCAAAAGGCCAGUGAGCAUGAUAUGGGCUGUUCUUACUAUCUGGAUUGUCUGCCUGCUGAUUUGUAUUUUGCCUUUAUGUGGCUGGGGCACCUAUGCUCCCACCUCCUGGGGAUGUUUUGCUGACUGUUCCAGUUCGUAUAUCUUGUUUCUCUUUAUAAUCUACUCAUUGUGUUUCUGUCUCCUAAUUAUACUCUCCAUUCCUCUUAUUUAUCAAUUGCUCUGUUCAGAUGACCAACAGCAUUUUUAUGAUGAUUAUCAUCAAAUCACUGGUGGCCAGUUUUCUUCUGGGGUACUUCCAUUUGAGAGUCACACAUCUUCUCUUCCUACAGAAGACACUAUGAAUAAAACCCAGAAGCACUGUCAGAACUCUGACCCAGUUACCAGACAAAGUCCAGCUGACCACUGUCACUUGGACCACUACGGUACACGAAAUGUGCCACCUAACAACCGGAACAUCACUGUGGAAUUUGCUCAGAAACGCUUCUCACUAAUUCUUGCUCUGACCAAAGUCAUUCUUUGGCUCCCAAUGAUGAUACAAAUGGUUGUUCAAUACACUGUUGGGUUUCACAAUCUUUCCUUUGAGAUAUUCAGCUUCCUGCUAACUUUGCUAGCUGUCACUGUCACUCCGAUGUUUGUCUUGUCAGAGCACUGGAGUCACCUGCCUUGUGGCUGCAUUAUCAAUUGUAGAAAGAGCAUCUAUUCAGUGUCAUCAGAGGAAAACAAAGCCAAAAGAAGAGGCUUUGAAUUCAAUUUGUCCUUUCAACAAGGUUAUGGAAUCUAUAAGAUAUCCCAUGACAAUCACCACAGUGAUGGUAGUAAUUCAAUAUCCUACCACAGCUUGCUCAACUGUGAUUGUGAGAACACAAAAGCAACUCAAAAAGAAAGCAGCAAAAUGGAGUUCAGCACCAUUUCCGUGGUGGACAGCUCCACGUGUCAAAAUAUUGCUGGUUGCAAAAAUGUUGACAGCACAGACACCAGGAAAGACUUAAGCAGGGAUAAAUUCAUAGACUGCCUAAUGUCUGAUAAAAUGUCAUAUAAGAAAGAAGAGAUCCGGAAUAUUGAAAAAGGAACUUUUUUUGAAGGACCAGAAAGAAGGUUGUCUCAUGAGGAGGGCCGGAAACCAGAACUCUCUGACUGGGAGUGGUGCAGAAGUAAGUCGGAAAGGACUCCUCGACAGCGUUCAGGCGGUGCCUUAGCUAUUCCUCUGUGUGCAUUUCAAGGAACUGUGUCUCUCCAAGCUCCCACAGGAAAAACCCUCUCUUUAUCUACAUAUGAGGUAAGCUCAGAAGGACAAAAAAUCACUCCCACAUCCAAGAAAAUUGAAGUGUAUCGCUCCAAGAGUGUGGGCCAUGAGCCAAAUCCUGAGGAUUCUCCAACCACAUUUACUGACACCAAUGUGAAGAUUCACUUAGAGGUGCUUGAAAUUUGUGACAAUGAAGAAGCCAUGGACACUGUUUCUAUCAUUAGUAAUAUUAGCCAAUCGUCUGCCCAGGUCCGUUCUCCAUCUUUACGUUAUUCUCGGAAAGAAAAUAGAUUUGUCUCAUGUGAUUUAGGAGAAACAGCGUCUUAUUCACUCUUCAUACCAUCAAGCAAUCCCAACAGUGAUCUGAACAUCUCCAUUCCUGACACUGUCGAAGCUCACAGGCAGAAUAGUAAAAAACAGCACUUGGAAAAAGAGGGUUAUCAAGAAGAAAUACAAAUGUUAAACAAAGCAUACAGGAAAAGAGAAGAAGAUGGGCUUGGCAAUUAAAACAGAGAAAAAAGGGACUGUGAAUAAUUUGUACCCUCAUUUUUUAAGUUUGCUUGGACCCUGAACCAUUUAUUCAUGGCAUUUGAGGAAACAAUUGAAUAACAUUAAUGCAUUCAUAACAGAAUGCAUUAAUUACAUCCUUUGUCCAAAAGCUGUUUUAAGCAGUAUUGCUAUAUUCCUUAGGAAUAGGGUAUCAGGAAAGGGCAGAUUUCCCUCUCUGCCUUCUGAAGAAUUACUGUUGGAAGUUUGCUUGAUGAGGUAACUUAAAUCUCUACUCUUAAUGCCAGUUUUGCCGCACUAGCAGUGGAGCCAAAAGUGAGGCCUUUGAGGGAUACGUAAGGGAGGCUGUGAAUCCUGGAUUAAAAAUUGAGGUUAAAGGAUUGCAGCCUCCCAGCCAACAAUCUCAGAGGGACCAUGAGUUACCUCGGGCCCUCAGUCUUCAUUAAAAAGAAAAUGGAUUUCUAGCUUUUAUGGAAUUUGAGAAGGGAGGCAAAAUGAAUUUAGCCUCAACCUUAUGAUUACAUUGUAAUAUUUUUGAUAAAAGGAUAAAGAUGGUUUCGACUUCCCACCUAGCCUACAGCUCUGGCAUUCUUUAAUGGUAUGAUAUCCAAUUACUAACCAGACCUGACUCUGUUUGGUUUCCAAACCCAGACCAGCUCCACCAGGUGCAGCACUAUUCAGGCUAUUCCUUUCACCAGAAAGGAAAUAACUAUCAUCUUUCAGUGUAUUUAGCCAAUAUAACAAUAGCCGUGAGUGGCCAUUUGUGAACAAUGUUGAGUGUAGAGAUUAAUGCAAAAUGGCUACUUGUUUACAGAAAGAACAUUUUGGUCAUAACCCAAUGAUCUUAUUACCCUCUUGGAAUAGUGAUUAAUGACCAACAAACAUUAUGGAUGUCAUAGACAAAAUAGGAAAACCAUUGUAAGCAACUAGCACCAUCAGAAACUAGAUCUGCUAUGAAAGCUAUGAAUAUACAGAAUGCUAUAUACUGCUUUCAUCAGAAUGUGGUUAGGGCUAGGUUGAAUCUGGAGAGCUCAUAAUACUUUUUCUCCUAUUCAGUUUAGAAUAGAAUAACAGAGAUGGAAGGGACCAUGGAGGUCUUCUAGGCCAACCCCCUGCUUACGCAGGAAACCCUACACCACUUCAGACAAAUGGCUAUCCCACAUCUUAAAAACUUCCAGUGUUGGAGCACUCACAACUUCUGGAGGCAAGUUCUUCCACUGAUUAUUUAUUCUAGCUGUCAGGAAAUUUCUCCUUAGUUCUAAGUUGUUUCUCUCCUUGAUUAGUUUCAAGCCAAUGAGAGAGAAGUAAUAUAAAGAAACCAGCUCCAUCUCUCAUUCUGACCUCAAAAAGCCAGUUGGGUGUCAUACCUAGAAUCACAAAAAUAUUUUCCCUCCCUUUCCAUUGGAUUUACACAACCUAUGCAUGAUUUGAAAUAUUGAAACCACUUCUAACUGGAAUAGGACAGACAGACCCACAGACAGACACAGAAAGAAAGAAAGAAAGAAAGAAAGAAAGAAAGAAAGAAAGAAAGAAAGAAAGAAAGAAAGAAAGAUAUAGACUUUUCCUAAUUUAAUACUUCUACCAUUUGUUUUAAUUUUUAAUACUGGCCUAACUCCAUGUGGAUAUAAAAGUGGAGGUGGUCAAAAGCUAUUUUCCAUUGGAGUAUUAUUACGCACACACAAAUGCUGUGUGUGUUUGUACAAAGAUACACAAAAUUACCUGCACUUUUUAAUUCUUAUAUUCAGUUUUUAAUUUCCUAAAUCUGAAAUAUGUCUCUCAUAUUUUGAAAUAAUUGUUCUGUGCUGCAAAAACUUUAAAGUCUUGUUGCUUGCUUUAGCACUGAGAGUUUUAUCCCAGUAUUUGCUGAGACACAAAUUGAGCUCCAGUAGAAUUAUUACAAAAGUUGCCACAAUGUAAGUAACCAAGAAAUAAUUGAUUUUACAAUCCAUUUUUCAUCUUUAAUAAACAUUCUACCCAAGAACAUGACUUUAUUUUGCUCUCCUUUUUAGUGAUUUAUAUGUGACUGGCCAUCUUUCAAUCAAUCAUUUUAUCUGUGGAAAACAACUAAUUUUGUGUUUGAUGUAUUCAUUUUCAGAUUUAUUCUUCUAAUUGCAUUAUAUAAUCCAACACCAUUUUAUACCAUUCAGGUUUUCUGCAAACAUUGCAUUGUGUACAUACAAAAGUGCACACAUGCUGAAAUCCAUAAGCAACUUACCUCUAAUGAACACAAGCAUACAUUUAACCAUCAAUAUAUUACACAACUAUGAGAUCAUCACAUGCCCUGGUUUUAUUCCCUUCUCAAUGUUGAAACAUUUGUCAAACGCUUAAUUUUUUUGUCACUCGUUCUUUACUUCCAUCAUAUAACACUUUUACCAUAUUCAACAGCCUAUAGUCAACUCCAUAUCUCUGCAAAAUAUUUCGUAAUCCAAGUCUGUUUACUUUAUCAUAUGCCUCCUUUAAAUCAAUAAGCAUAUAAGCAAUGGAAUUUAGUUUUUCAAAUCUCACAUCAGUCUCGAAAGUGAGAAAGAAGUGUGGCUCCAGGCAGAAACGUCAAUAAACUGGGGGCAAUAUUGUUCCAAAAUUCAUUAUAGGAAAAUAACUCUUCAUCUUUCUUGCACUGUAUGAAAAUAGUGUGAAAUCCAGAGACAUUCUCAACAGCUUGCUGUGUCCAAAAAGCAGGGGUGAAAUCCAGCAGGUUCUGACAGCUUCUGGAGAACCAGUAGUGGAAAUUUUGAGCAGUUCGGAGAACCAGUAGCAGAGAACCGGCAAAUACCACCUCUGGCUGGCCCCCGAGUGGGAUGGGAUUGGAGAUUUUGCAAUAUCUUUCCCCCAGGAGUGGAGAGACAAUGGGCGAUUUGCACUAUCCUUCCCCUGGAGUGGGAUGGGAAUGGAGAUUUUGCAGUAUCCUUCCCCUUCCCCACGCCCACCAAGCCACGCCCACAGAAUCGGUAGUAAAAAAAUUUGGAUUUCACCACUGCCAAAAAGGUAUAUUCUGAUUUAUAUAUAUAUAUAUAUUAAAAUAUAGCUAUUACAAUAAGGUUUGAAUUUAAUUGAAUUUAGAUGGACACAUUUUGAUGCUUUACUGAAAACUUGGGAGUUCCUUCAAGUGACCUAUUUCCACAAGGAUCAACAGUGCAUAGAUUUCAAAGGAGCCAUCAUACACAUACAGGGAAUUGCUGAUUAAGUCAUUCUUAAACUGUCCAUAUUCUUGUGAUUUUGAUAGGAAAGAUGAUAGUUUACUGCUCUUGUUUACCAGUUCUAUUUUUAAUCUGCAUUGAAGUCAUCAGUCUGUUAGUUAAGAUGAUUCAUUUAUCUUUUCACCUUUCCUUGAUUUUCAUCAACUUCAAAGAGAAUUUUUCAAUUAGGGCAUUUUGAACUGUUCAAAUUAUUGAUUCGGAACUCCUGUCAUGGUGUGUUUUGAAGUCAUUGAAACUGCAAACCACAAAUGUGGAGAGCGUUUUGACAAUUUUAAAGAAUGGGCUAAAUUGAAUUUUUGCAGACUGAAAUGUCCUAUUUUCUAUUAAUUUUUUGAGACUAUAAUGACUAUACACAGAAACUUCACCAUACUUCCAAGAACUUGUUAUUGGUAGUUGUGCAUUUAUCUUGCCUUAGGUAAAACCAGUUCAGGACUCAACCUAUUGUAAGGUAAUGUACUGUUGUAAAAAAAGCACUGUUCACCCAGGCUAUAGAUGGCAUUCUGUUCAGUGGCCAACUGGAUUCUGUUUCAUUUCAAUAAAAUUUUGAAAUAAUUGAAUAUCAUUUAUCCAUUAAGAGUUAUUUGCAUUAUAUUAACAUUUAAUUAUCCCUUCCUAUUGUUUGUUUGAGAACAUUAGAAAUAGUGAAUUGCUUAUCAUUUUUAGAAAACCAGAUGGAUUUAAAAUUUUAAAUCCUUUUAAAUCUCUAAUGAGUUAUUCCAUCCUUUUCUUCUCUGAUUUUUUCCAUCUUUCUGACCUUUAAUAAGCUUUAGAACAUAGUAUUUGACAUUUCUGGCAGAAAGAUGGUUGUCAAAGAGAUCUUUUUGAAGGUGAUUUGAAAGAAAUGUGAUCCAACCAAACUGCAUGUGGGAUUGAACAAAAAAAUACAGACAUUGAACAGCAGUAAUUUUAGGCUACUGAGUAAUACAUUUUACUUCACAUUGAAAUUUGGGAAGUUCACUGUUCAAAACAUUUUCUUCUCCGUGUCCUUUCACAUCUCAAUUUCUAUUUAAUUGGACUAUAAUUUAGAACAUCAGUCCUUGCUAGGAAGUGCAAUAGCCCAGUGGUUUAAUGACACAGGAGAUGUUCCCUGCAGUUCAAGUCCUAGCACUGCGUGGCAGGGUAAGCUCCUGUCACUCACCUCAACCCCUGUCCACCUAGCAGUUCAAAAGCAUGUUCUAUGCGAGCAGAUAAAUAGAUACCAUUUCAGUGGGCAGAUGAGUUGGUGCUCCAUACAGGCAGUCAAAUUCCUGCCAGCUCUGAACCUUCCUGGUUGCAAUGCCCAUUGGCAAGGCAGCUCCAGGGAAGGGAGGUGGCUUUGUAUGACACUGCAGGAAGAGCAGCUUGUCUUUUUUUUCUUGUGCGAAAUCAGGUUGCCUUCCUGUGAUGUAGCUUGGGAAGCAUGUGAGCGUGCCCUACAUCAGAGCUGAUAAUUGGCAGCCAAACUACUACUCUGCAUUGUGGUCUCUUGGCUAAUGUAACAAUGCCAUAUGCUAAUAAUAAUAAUAUUCCUGGGUUGCUCUGAAUCCAUCUUCAUUGUCAGCAAAGGGCAGCAAAUCUAUUAUUCCAGGUGUUUACCUGUGAAACUAUCUGACAAAGCUUCAUUUAAAAAAAAAAUGGUUGCCUAAGGCACUGAGCAACAUGAUUCUUCUCUCUUUUCUAUUUCAAUGACUUCUUUGCUUUUAUUAUUUCCAUGUGUAGAAGGUAAUUGGACUGACUUCAAUGUUGGCAAUAGGACUUGACGUCUGGCUCAACUAUGGCCAUUAAUCUACUUUAGGGAAUUCAGGUUACGCUUGACAGCACACACAGCUCUGUCAUUGCUGCAUCUGCUCUUUGAAAUGAUAGCCUAUUGUAUUUAAUGAUUAAGCAGUAGGUGCAGCAUUCUCACAAAUAUUUUAACAAAUAAUGUGUGUUGAAAUGAUCCUGUAUCUAUCUGCUCAGCUUUGGAGAAAAAAAAAAAGGAAAAAGUGUACGUCAAACCAAAACAGUGUGAAUGAUAGUGUAUUCAAUCUAAUUUAAUGGGGUUUCCUUCCAUGUAGAUACAUGUUAAGGAUCAGAGCACAAAUACAUUAACUGAGAGUUGUGUGUAGCUUGCAUCCCAGUAUAAUAUGGAGUAUUAGUUUAAAAACAUUAAGUAGGCCCUCAAGGCAGUUGACAACAAAAUACAUAUAUAACAUAUAUAACAGGAACAUUAUAAUUAAAACUUAAAACUAGCACCAGUUAAAAAAUAUUCACAGUAUCUAUUAGAUUAAAUUGUUUGUUUCUUGCUUUGAAGAAUAUUUCAAAAAUAUGUCUAUUAGUCUUCUAAAUCAGUCACUAAUUCCUAAGUGUAAAUUACUCCAAUGUCUCUAAUAGCUUUUGUUGUUGUGCUAAUGGAUUGUUUCCAAGGAUUCAUAGCAUUUAGUAGACUAAUGAAUAUAGUGAACAUAGUAUUACUGCAGUGAUAAGUGGCUGUAAAGCUUUUUGUUUUCUUGCCAUACCAUUUCUUAUGUUUGACAAUGCUCUGAGGGCAAAGAAUAAAUGAGUAAGUCACAUUUUUCAAUUUUCAUUUUCAACCCUAUUUAGCAAUGUCUUAUCCAUCCGUUCUUAACACACUCAUCUUAGUACUUAUGUGAGUCUUGUCUACUUUGCAAGACUGUAAGAAGGAACUGUGUGUAACCAAACUCUUGUUAAUAAGUGUGAAUAAGCCAUUAUAAAAAGAAUUUUCUUCACACUUGACAUAAGAUACAACACUUUUUAAUGGGAUUGCUCACAGAUGCAGCACCAGAAGAGAGAUGAUCUUUACCUGUAUCUGUAUAUGCCAACAUUUGCAGAUCAUCCUCAUCCUCAUCAUAUCAUCUUGUUCCUUUUUCUACUUUUACAUAAAUUACAUAUGCAGUUAAGCCAGAGCUGGAUACAUUUUUCAACCCAGCUGAGCCAACACAAAUGCCAUGAAUACAUAAUCCUAAAUUAAUGGAGGAAUGCAAAUAUUAAAUAUUAAUAUUACUAAUAACGACAAUACUGUUUUACCUUCAAAUACAUAAUUCGCUUUUGCAAAAAGUAUUGAAUGCAAACUAACAACCACAUAAUCAUAACAUGCCUAAAAUUCAAUUGCAUUUCAAAUUCAGGCACUACAUUUCAUGGUUUGCUGCCUUAGACCCAUUCCAAUGGGUCAUUGUACUUUCAAAAUGAGGUUUCAUAUUAUUACUAACAGCCUUUUCUGAAUAAUCAGCAACCGCAGUGUCCCUAAUCAGUUAAAAGAGUUUUAAGAAAAUGAACAUUGCUAUUGAAAUUUAAUUUCAUUCCUAUAGCUGCUAUGUCACUAUGAAUGCAAUCCAACAUUUGAGGUUAAAGCAGAUUUUAAUAAAAAAUUCCCACAUGUCUUUGUGGGAAUUAUCUUGAUAAAGACAAAAAUAUAAUUCAAAUCUGACGCUUUGACCAUGGUGAAAUCAUCCCCUAGUUUGGAUAACAUUUACUAUCAUGGACCUCUGGAAGGUGGAAGGAUUGAUUAGCAUGGUCCACCCUAUACAAUAUUAUGAAUCCAGAGAAUUUGUAUGGAUUUUCCAGUAUCCUAGCAGAUACUGAUCAGAUGCUUGAUUUUAUUGAUUCCUUCUACUAUUGGAUUCUGAUGUAUUUCUUGGUUUAAUGGGGAACUCUAAGAGAUAUAGUGGCAGAAACAAUGCUGGGAACAUUAAAGGAAGUUGACAAACUGUAAACGUGAUGAAACAUAAGACAAACUCAUGUUUGAGCCUACCCUAUUGGGUAAAGACAGUGAAAUGUUAACACUCUUGACAUUAUUGUCUAGUGCUAUCUGGUGGGCCUCUUUACAGCAGUUGAAUCACACUAAAGAAAAAUAGAGAAGCCACUUCGUGGCCACUGUGAUACAUUUGCACUUUUUGUGAUCUUAGUCACUCAAAUUUACCAGAAACUUGACUCCUCAUGGGCAGGAAUGAAAUGGUAUAGAAUGGUGACUUGCAGUUAGCUAGGAUUCAUUUCAGCUUGUGUAUAUGCUCUUUGGCAUGUACUCUGUUCUCUAUAGUUUACAGCUCAUAUGAGGACCCAGAUUGUUGGGGGCAAUAGGCAAUAGGCAAUAGGCUGACUCUGUAAACUGCUUAGAGAAGGCACUGUGAAGCAGUAUAUAAAUCUAAGUGCUACUGCUAGAGAACCAGUAGCAGAAAUUUUAAGUAGUUCGAAGAACCGGUAGUAAAAAUUCUGACUGGCCCCGCCCCUAUUUAUUCUCUGCCUCCCAAGUGCCAGCUGAUUGGGAGGAAAUGGGGAUUUUGCAGUAGCCUUCCCCUGGAUUGGGGAUGGAAUGGAGAUUUUACAGUAUCCUUCCCCUGGAGUGGGGUGGGAAUGGGGAUUUUGCUGUAUCCUUCCCCUGCCAUGCUCACCAAGCCAUGCCAUGAAGCCAUGCCACGCCCACGAAGCCACACUCUCAGAACUAGUAGUAAAAAUUUUUGAAACCCAUCACUGACUCUGCUCCUUUCUCAGAGAAUGAAUCCAAUAGGUGGAACUGCGGGUAGGGGGAGGGAAGACAAGUCUAGUUUAACAAAUCUUCCUUUGUAGAUUUGUGCAUUUUUCUUGUUACAUUUAAUAUCUACAAGGCCCUGCUGGGAAAGGUUCAGUUCAGGGUGAGAUAUCAUCAGGGGGUUGAUGAAUACUCAACCAUGCAUCACUGCCCCUUGUACGCCAGAGAUGUCACAGAAUUCUUGACCUAUUGUGGAGGUUAUGGCCUGAAUGAGGCAAAGCUUUUACCUUAAAAAUAAGCAGUUGCCAUUUUCCAAAUAUUAUCUGAUUCUUUGCUCAUUAUAAAUCAGAGAGUGGCACUAUCCUUGAGGUAACACUCUACAACAGGGAUCCCCAACCCCUGGCCCAUGGACUGGUAUCAAUCCACGGCAUGCCAGGAACUACACAAACAAAUGAAGCCCCAUCUGUGGGAUACAGGCAGAACAUGAAACCAUGCCCUCUCUGGUCUAUGGAAAAACCUUCUCCACAGAACUGGUCUCCCUGGUGCUCAAAAGGUUGGGAGCCAUUGGUCUACAAUACAGGUGUCUACCAAGUGGCUCUUGUAAGAAUAGGUGAAGGCCAUACCAAGUGGACCUAUGUGGAAUGACCAAGUAAUGGUAACUCAUGCCCUUGUUACGACUAGGAAUGAUUAAUGAACUGUGCUCCAUGUGGGGCAAUCUUUGAAUACUAGCCUAGAAUUGCAAGUGGUACAGAAUGCAGUUACUCAUAUGCUGAUGAGUAAAAGCCACUUCAACCAUGUGACACAUGUAUUGCAGCCAUUAUGCUGGCUUCUGAUAGGCUCCCAGGAACAAGUUUUACCAACAUAGCUUUGCACCUAGAUAAUUGAAGGAUCAUGUUCUCGAUACAGAAUCCUUCCAUUACGCUUAUCCCAGCUGGAUGUGUUGACAAUUAGUAUAUGAGAGGUCAGAUCAGGACUCGAGGUGGUAUUUUGUAUGAAGACACCAAACUUAUGGAAUACCCUUAACAAUGGAGAGUAGAGUGGUACCAGCUUGAAUUUCUUCAGUAGUUAAAAUUGAGCUAUUCUGCAUGACCUUUGAGAGGUAGUGUCAUUUAAUAAAGGUGGGUGCCUUUGAUUAUGAGAUUUGAAAUGGAUAUUGUUUUAAUUGUUAUUCUGUUAUUUAUUCUGGUUUUAAUAUAUGUUGUUUUAUAGCUCUGUUGUGUUUUAUCUCUGUAAAUCACUAUGAGUCACAAAAUUUAGCAGUAUAUUAAUUUAAUAAAUAAUCAAAUAAUCACA